AUGGGCGAUAAUGUGGAGAGGGCAGAUGCACUCCAGUUAACGGUGGAGGAAUUUGUUGAGCGUUAUGAAAAACCUUACAAGCCUGUAGUCUUGCUGAAUGCUCAGGUGGGCUGGUCUGCCCAAGAGAAGUGGACUCUGGAACGACUGAAACGCAAGUAUAGGAACCAGAAAUUCAAAUGUGGGGAGGACAAUGACGGUUAUUCUGUGAAGAUGAAGAUGAAAUACUACAUAGAGUACAUGGAAACCACACGGGAUGACAGCCCGCUCUACAUCUUUGACAGCAGUUAUGGAGAGCAUCCCAAGCGCAGGAAACUCCUGGAGGACUACAAAGUACCCAAAUUCUUCACUGAUGAUCUGUUUCAGUAUGCAGGGGAGAAACGAAGGCCGCCUUACAGGUGGUUUGUGAUGGGCCCACCUCGUUCUGGAACAGGAAUUCACAUCGAUCCCUUGGGAACUAGUGCAUGGAAUGCCUUAGUCCAGGGACAUAAGCGUUGGUGCCUGUUCCCUACCAGCACACCCCGAGAGCUGAUUAAAGUGACACGAGAAGAGGGAGGGAACCAGCAGGAUGAGGCUAUUACUUGGUUCAACGUCAUCUAUCCCAGGACGCAGCUACCCACCUGGCCCCCUGAAUUCAAACCCCUGGAAAUCUUACAGAAACCAGGCGAGACGGUCUUUGUGCCAGGUGGCUGGUGGCAUGUUGUCCUCAAUCUUGACACAACUAUUGCUAUCACGCAAAACUUUGCCAGCUGUACCAACUUCCCGGUGGUGUGGCACAAGACAGUAAGAGGGAGACCCAAAUUGUCACGGAAAUGGUACAGGAUCCUAAAGCAGGAACAUCCUGACUUGGCAGCCUUGGCUGAUUCAGUUGACCUGCAGGAAUCUACCGGUAUUGCUUCCGAUAGUUCUAGCGAUUCUUCCAGUUCCUCAAGCUCCAGUUCCUCAGACUCUGAUUCGGAGUGUGACUCUGGCUCUGAGACAGAGGGGAUGAUGCACCGGAGGAAAAAGAGGAGGACAUGCAGCAUGAUGGGUAACGGUGAUACAACUUCCCAGGAUGACUGUGUGAGCAAAGAGCGCAGCUCCUCCAGAUACCACCUUUGGGUGCCUCACCUGGGUCCAGCCUCGGGCACACGGGACCAGUGGAGGAUGGAUGCGGCCAUGCAGAGCUUUCCAGCAAGGCAGAGGAGGAAGAUCCGGACUCAGAAGAUGAGAAGCUGGUGGUGAAAGAGCCGGAGGAUGAGGAUGCUGCAGAUGAGACAUUCUCUUUUAAAUACAGUCCUGGAAAGCUGAGGGGAAACCAGUACAAGUCAAUGAUGACCAAAGAAGAACUCGAGGAAGAACAAAGGUAAGUU